GCGAGGCGGGGGCGCUUUCGCCGGAGUUAUUAUGAUUGAUUUUAUUUGUUUUUUUUCGCUUUUAACCCGAAAAUUUGAAUUUGUAGGUUUGCGGGACGGGACGCGGGACGGUUAGCGACAGAAACGAGACCUCCGGGGUCGAGUUUAGGAGGAGAAAAUUCGUGUUUUUUUUUUUCUCUCCGUUAGCCUGGGCCGCCCGGGAUCCGCGGCUUGUUGUUGUUAUCGUUCCCGGCCGAGGAGAGCGGCGGAGACGGGCGAUUUAAAGCGCUUUUGUCGUACGCUACCAAACCGAAGCGCUGGGUUUUUACAACGCAAACAAAAAUAUAAAUAAAAUUAAUGAAAUCGCCCAAACCGUAGCAACGAGGAUCCGUCCAAUUAAUUCAACGCGGGCAUCAUUGAUACAGCAUUACGAUAUUUAAUAAGUUGCCAGCUACGCAGAAAAACGGGACGUUGUCUCAGUAAUCAUACAGCAGCAUUUAUAAUAAGCCUAUUAUUUAGCGAUUAGUCGUUUUUUUUACAAGAUUAUGAAAUACCGAAAACUCGAUAUUAUUAUUAGUAAGCAUGGAGAUUAUUACGUCACUCAGUCUCGUUUUUAGGAACAAUACAAUCGUGGGGGGAAAAAGCGUCGCUUAUCCAUGUAGUAGAUUUUAUUUUUUAAAAAAAGUUUAUAUAUAUAUACAAUAUACAAUAUAUAUUUAUAUUUAACCCUUUUAAGUUACUAUUUAUUUUUUACAACGAGGCGGUGCACGAAACAGGGUUUGAAAUGAACUGACAGGUUGAAUCUGGCGAUUCAAAAGGUGGUCGGUUUCCUACGUGACUAAAAAAUAACCGUUUGAUCAACCUUGUGUAUCUUAAGGGGUUAAAAACUAACAAAGUGUGUGUCUCUGUCUAUCUAUAUCAUGUUUUUUUAACGUAAGAAAAUGGUAACAAAAAAUGUAUGUAAAAUGUUAGUCUUAUUUUUAUUUUUUAUGUUGAAUGAUUAUUACAGUCAGAUCAGAUUCGGUCACAUUAGACAGUGGCCAGAAAUCUACUAGGAAAUGUAAACAAACUGGUGUACUAACAAGGCCUGGGUGCACAGUGCACAGCGUUCAGCCAGGUGUCGUAUUGCCGUGUGAAAUUGAACGUGGUUGUGCUUUUAAAAUCAGUUUUUAUUUCUCUAUUCUGAACAUUGAUACUGGUGCUGAUUUUAUAUAGUGCUGAUCACUGUGUUGAUUCAAAAAUGGGAUAUUUCAAAUAUAACUUUAUUGGGGCAGCAGUGUGGAGUAGUGGUUAGGGGCUCUGGACUCUUGACCGGAGGGUCGUGGGUUCAAUCCCAGGUGGGGGGGACACUGCUGCUGUACCCUUGAGCAAGGUACUUUACCUAGAUUGCUCCAGUAAAAACCCAACUGUAUACAUGGGGAAUUGUAUGUAAAAAAUAAUGUGAUAUCUUGUAACAAUUGUAAGUCGCCCUGGAUAAGGGCGUCUGCUAAGAAAUAAAUAAUAAUAAUAAUGAUAAUGAUGAUAAUAAUAAUUGGAGUGACCUUUCAGUCACAUGGUCUAAUUGCAGCAAGCCCAUUGGCUAUUGAACUACAACACAGUGAUUUAGUACCAGGAUGUAGUGUUGCCUUUAUAAUAUUAUUUAUGUAUUUAUUUGGCAGAUGCCUGCUUUAUCCCAGGCGACUCACACAGGCGUUACAAUGCAAGCUUCAUAUUUAAAUAUGUCACUGUGGAUAUAACUUGCUGUGAUCCUAACUUGUUGCAUCCUAUUUAUUAAUUAUUAUUGAUUUCUUAGCAGAUGCCCUUAUCCAGGGCGACUCACAAUUGUUACAAGAUAUCACAUUAUUUUUACAUACAAUUCCCCAUUUAUACAGUUGGGUUUUUACUGGAGCAAUCUAGGUAAAGUACCUUGCUCAAGGGUACAGCAGCAGUGUCCCCCACCUGGGAUUGAACCCACGACCCUCCGGUCAAGAGUCCAGAGCCCCUAACCACUACUCUACACUGCUGCGUCCUAGUUGUAUUAUAAUAGUAUUAUAAUUUGACUGUAAACUGUGUUUAAAUAUUGCAUUGUAACCCUGUGCUGCCCUGUAACACCUGUGUGAGUCGCCUGGGAUAAAGCAGGCAUCUGCCAAAUAAAGAGAAAUAAUUUAACAAAAUUGCAUUGUCAUUGCAAUUCCAGCAAGCACGCUCUAAUUGUAAUGUAUAUUUAUAAUUGAACCCAGUUCUGCUUCAGAGUGCAAUGCAAGUCUGGCAAUGCAAAACCAUUGCUGACUCGUGCCUGCCAGCAGAUUUACUGACGAGAGAUGGAUUCCUCCAAGCCAGGGGACCCAAACCCAUUUUCUGUAGCAAUUAGCUAGUUUAGCAUCAUCAACCUCUAUGUAGAAUGAACUCAGCUUCAUAGAAUCCAAUGAAAGCUGCUGAAUAAUGUUCCCUUGUUAACAUAUUGAAUUGCACACCCUCUAUAUAGAAUGAACUCCCUCAGCUUCAUAGAGUCCAAUGAAAGCUGCUGAAUAAUGUUCCCUUGUUAACAUAUUGAAUUGCACCCCCUCUAUAUAGAAUGAACUCCCUCAGCUUCAUAGAGUCCAGUGAAAGCUGCUGAAUAAUGUUCCCUUGUUAACAUAUUGAAUUGCACCCCCUCUAUAUAGAAUGAACUCCCUCAGCUUCAUAGAGUCCAAUGAAAGCUGCUGAAUAAUGUUCCCUUGUUAACAUAUAGAAUUCCACGCCCCUUUGUAGUUUUCCCAGAUACUUAACAAAAAAACAUGCCAUUUUGAAAUCUAACAUGAAAUACUCACUUUACGACUAUUAUGGCUUCCGGUAGACUUUUUUUUUUUUUGGCGAUACCAUUUUUUGUAGUUUUGAUUUAGAUGGUGUUAACUAAAAUAUCUAUGUUACGUUAAUCGAUGUAUCCAGGGAUGGGAAUCAGACUCCCGCUGCACAGCAGUGUGAUCCAGUCCUGGUUUCACUAGGAGUUUAAUAAUAAGACACACCUGAGCUUGUUAGCUAGACACACUGGGGGGCUGAUCAAGCUGGUAGUAAAACCUGGAAUGGAUCACACUGCUGUGCAAUAGGGAGUCCCAUCCAUGAUGUAUCUACAGUAAUCAUAGGGUGGGGGGGUGCAGCUUUGACGCUGACGUGUGUGCUGUUGUGUGUCUGUUUGCUCCACAGUGUAAAUGAUUCAGAAUGGAUCAGGAUUUUGGGGGAGAAGCCCAGAGAGCCCUGAAUUUCCAAUGGAAAAGCUAUAAACUGAUCCUGGAUCCUGCCUUGCGACGGGCAGCACAAAAAAUCUAUCGAUACGAUGGAGUUGAGUUCAGUGUUCCUGACGCUGGUUACACCCCUGUGGGGGAUCAGCGGGAUCCUCGCCCUCGGAGAAUUUGGUCCAGACACAGAGAGAUCUCUCUUCCUAUCCCAAAGUUCAAGCUGGAUGAGUUUUACGUGGGUCAGAUCCCGUUGAAGGAGGUGACUUUCGCUCGACUCAACGACAACAUCAGGGAGCCGUUCCUGGCGGACAUGUGCCGGAAGUUCGGGGAGGUGGAGGAGAUUGAGAUCCUGCUCCAUCCCAAGACCCGGAAGCACCUGGGGCUGGCCCGGGUUCUGUUCACCACGACCCGCGGAGCCAAGGACACAGUGAAAAACCUGCACAGGACCUCGGUCAUGGGGAACAUCGUCCACGCACAGCUGGACAUCAAGGGGCAGCAGAGGAUGAAGUAUUACGACCUCUUGGUGAACGGCUCUUACACCCCUCAGACGGUGCCCACGGGGGGCAAGGCUCUGGCAGACAAAUUCCAGCCGCCCCCCCCAGCACAGCUCCCCGACACAUCCACAGACAUGCGUCGUAGACUCUCCUCUGACAUUCCAGUCAGCAGUGGCGCCGGUGGAUUUGCCCUGACAGGCUUGGCUGCAGCGUUGCCAGCGGGCCUCCCCGGAAACAACACCCCCUGUUCCCAGGACACAGGCUUCUCCAGCGGCCAUCUGGAUACCCCCAGCUCUUUUUCGGGGUCCUUCACCCCCAGCAACGCCUCUUCCUCCUCGCAGGGGGGUACCCCUUUUACUCCGAGGGGAGGAACCCCUUUUUCUCAGGACUCCCCUUUCUCAAUCAGGCAGGGGACUCCAGGCUACACAGGAGGAGGAGGAGGAGGAGGAGGAGGGGCCAGCUACCACCAGGACCCUCUGAUGUCCUCGUCCAUAAUAUCCUCUUCCUCUACCUCCCUGCCCCCCCCUUCCUCCUCCUCCUCCUCCUCUUCCUCCGGUUACAAACCCUCCAGACGUCAAGACAGCUACCAAGACUCGCCCUCGAUUCCUCCUCCUCCUCCUUCUUCGUCGUCAUCGUACACGCGGAGACCGGGGCACCACCAUCACUAUUCCUCUUCCUCCGCCAGCUACAGAGCGAACGAACACCACUACCCUGCGUACAGCAGCGCGGUCCCGGGAAAGUACGAAGCCGCGCUCUAUCACCAUUCCUCUUCGGAAGCGGGCCGGGACGGCGGCAGCCGCUACAGGCGCUCUUUGGAAGAGGGGCGUUCGUCUUCUUACCACAAAGGGUACCAUCACCACCACCACCAUCACCACCACCACCCUUCUUCCUCCUCCUCCUCCUCCUCCUCCUCGCUGUCGGAGCGGCGAGAGGACAGGGGUUACAGAAGCAGUAGCCGUUCGACGCCGGAGCCUUUCUCGUCCGGUUACCACCGGCACAGGAAUCACAACCACAGAGACCCGAACCGCUACUCGGAGAACCCUUCCAGUUCGGCAGGGGCUGUCGCCUCCAAAACCGCUGUCACCACGACAGCGGAAGCAACUUCUUCUUCGGGUUACCUCAAAGACAACCCCCGUGCUUCUUCGCCCCAGCCCCCCUCGACCCAUGUGGCCUCCGGCUUUGAGCAGCCGUCGGGCGACAAGGACUACAGACUCCCCCCUCUCCCGCCUGCCCCAGUGCCUCCUCUCCCCGAGAGCAGCAGCAGCAGCAGCAGCAGCAGCAGCAACAGCGCGGCUGCCGUCAGCAAUUCCUCUGAGGGCUUGUACUCGCCUCCCCGCCUUCGUACGGCUUCGGAAACCGCCAACGCCGAAAGUCCGGCUGAGCCUGUUUCGGCGCAGCCCCAGCCUCGCCCCCGCUCCCCAGCUCCCGAUUCCCAAACUGAGCCCCCACCCCUGGCCGGAGACUCCACCCCACCCGGCUCCGCCGCGGGCUCCCCUGCCCGCGCCGGUUCCCCAACGCCGGAUUCGACCAACGAGAGCCUGCCGUUCGCUCCUCACCACAGCAGCCUGGACUCUCGUAUCGAGAUGCUGCUGAAGGAGCAAAGGGCCAAGUUUUCUUUCCUGAGCUCCGACGAGGGAGAGGAAGGGGAGGGGGAGGAGAAGAAGGAGGGGAAGCAGCAGCAGCAGCAGCAGCAGGAGGCUAGGGGAAGGAGGAGAAAAGGGGAGAAGGAAUCCAUCAGGGCGGCGCGCAGGAGAGGGGGGAGGAAGGAAGGGAGGGAGGGGCCCAGGAGCCCGGCUACAUCCCCUCCAACUCCGACUCGAGCUCCCAAGACCGCUGCCUCAGCUACCCCGGCUGGGAUCGAGGAAACGGCGCCCUCUAGGGGUGGGGCAGAUCCUAGGAGGAGGAACCCUGCACACAACGGGCAGGAGCAGACAUCCGCACACUCCUCGGGAGAAGACAUGGAAAUCUCGGAUGAGGAAUUGACGGAACAUCCUCCCCAGACCCCCUCCGACCAACACUUCCCCCCUCCCUUACCCAUGCCGUCCUACCCUCCCCCCCAUAUCCCUCCCCCUCCGCCUCCCCCAGGCUUCACCCUCCAGCCCCCUCCCUCCCUGCCCCACAUCCCCGGAGACUUACCCCCACCCCCCGACCUGCCCCCUCCGGACUACCCCCCUCCCCCUUUGCCCCUGCCCCCCCACAUCUACGACUACGUCAAUUCCAUGGAGCUGAUGAGCCGUUUGGGCAACCAGUACGGAGGCCUGCCUCUGUCGUUCCAAAUGCAGACCCAAAUGCUGAGCCGGCUUCACCAAAUGAGGCUCGGCAACAACGCAGCUUCAGCCCAGCCCAGCCCGGGAGACCCCGCCUCAUCCUCCUCUCCCGCCUCUUCCAAAGGCUCCUUCCCCCCCUUCGACUACGCCGCCUACCCCCCUCCACCGUACCACGAACCGGACGGGCCUUCAUCCUUUGACCAGGACCAUCGCUUCCCCCCUCCUCCUCACCCCCCUCCCCCUCCUCCUCCUCCCCCUCCCCACCACCAUCACCUCCAGCACCUACCUUUCGGGUUCCCCGACCCCCACCUGCCUCCCCACCUCCCUCCCUCCGCCUGGGGUCGCUGCCUCCCCCCGCAAGGGGUCUAUUCGCACGACGUUGCUCCUUCCCCCACCUCUUCUCAAGGUCUGCCGCCUUCCUCUUACCCUGCGUACCCAGUUCAGAGCGACCCGCAUGAGGCCACAGUGGAGAGCGUUCUCUCCUCCCUCAUCCAGGAGAUGAAAAGCAUCAUGCAGAGGGACCUCAAUCGCAAAAUGGUGGAGAACAUCGCUUUCGGGACAUUUGAUGAGUGGUGGGAACGAAAGGAGGUCAAAGCCAAGCCAUUCCAGGGUGCUGUCAAGCCCUCGGCGAAAGAAGAGGAGAAGAAGGAGGAGAAAGUGAAGCGGAGAGAGCCGGGUCUGGUCUCCCUGGUGGACUGGGCCAAGAGUGGAGGGGCGUCCGGGCUGGAAGGCUUCGGGCUGGGGGCGGGGGGGCUCCGAGGGGCCCUCAGACUCCCAUCCUUCAAGGUGAAGAGGAAAGAACCACUCGAGCUGUCAGAGGGGGGUGAUCUGAAGAGAGCCCGCCCCUCCACUCCUGACGAUGAUGAUGAUUCGUACCGUGAGAAGGACCUGCGUGGCGGGGCGAGGCCCGACUCUAAGGCCAGGCCAAGGGAAGAUGAUGAUGAUGAUGAUGAGGAUGAGGAGGAGGAGCGCAGGAGGAAGAGCCGACACAAGCAAAGGAAAUCCUUCGAUCUGGACAGCGAGGGAGAGGAGACUUCCGACGACUCCUCCUCCGAUAAGGAGGGUGACGAAGAGGAUGAUGAUCUGGAGGAAGAAUCAGAAGACGAGGUAGUGAGCGAUGCCUCUUCGAAAGCCGUUUCGGACGAAGAGGAGAGCGAAUCUUCAUCCGACUCGGAGAGCAGCUCGGGAUCCUCUUCCUCCUCCUCCUCCUCCUCCUCCGAGGAAGAGGAAGAGGAGGUGGUGAGCCGGCAGAGGGACGAGGAAGAGGAGACGGCAGACACGAUGGACGAGUCCACAAUGGAUGGCUCCAUGGCGGAGACAGAAGACAGAGACGCCUUCCGUCUAACAGCCGCUGAAAAGGCAGCGAGUUUGGAGGUCAAACCAGAAAAAUCUGAGCUGCCCAAAAAAGCAGACAAACCUCCGGACGACAGCAUGCAGCUGCCGCCCCCUAUUGUUCGAUCCCAGCUCCCCCUCCCUCUCCCCCCGCCCGCCCGCAAAGACGCCACCCCCAUCCUCCCUCCCCUCAAGAAACGCAGGAAAACCGUCUCCUUCUGCAUGGAGGAAGACCACGGAAACAGCGCUCACUUCGAGCAACUUCUGCCUACUUCCACGACCCAACCAGAGGCUCCUCUUUCCCUUUCCCCCUCCCCUUCCUCUGCCAUGCUUUCCCCGGUCAAAUCCCAGCCUCCGGAAUCCAUCCUGACCACCCCCAAAACCGAACCCCCCUCCUCCCCGAUCCUCCUGCCCUUCUCCACCUUCACCAAACCCAGUGAAUCCGACGCGGAAAGCAGCCCUGUCAAAAAAGACCCCCUCGACGUCCUCACGGUCCCUCCUCCGCUACGCCCGGCCGUCACUCCCCCCGAGAGCCUGCCUCUGACCCCCCCCCGAGCCCAAGCCCAACCCAAACCAAACCGCCGCAGCCCCAAAAUGAUCUGCCGCACGGUCCUCAACCUGCCCCUGGAUCACGCCUCCUUGGUCAAAGCGCCUGUAGAGGAGCCGGUGACCAGCAGGGGGCGCCCUCGAGGCCGUCCCAGAACCGUGAGCCAGCGGGUGGGAUCCCCGGAGGAUUCGGACCAGAAACUGAGACUGAAGGAGCAGCUGGGAGCCUCAACUCUCCUGGAGCUGGCCCACACAGCCUUCUCCUCAUCCCCGCCUCAGCCUGGCUCCCCAGUCGACCUCUCUGUGCUGGCUGAUGUCGCCCUCCUCAAACUGCCACUCCCUGGAGGGGAGGAGGAGGAGGGAGACAGGCUCUCCGGGGGCGACCUGUACCUGGGGGAUUCGGAAGAGACGGAAACGUCGGACGAGGCGGAGGAGCAGAGGAUGCUGGUGGGAGGGACCCCUCGACCUCCACAGGAAGUCCCGCCCUCGGUCCUGCUAGAACACAACUACGCCAAGCCCCUAGUCCCGUCGCCAGCGACCCCGAGGAAGGGAAGUGGCAGCAGGCCAGCCGAGCUCCCCGUUUCUGUGACUGUGAAUCACGAUAUGGAGACCGUCCUGGAAGCCCCAGAGGAGGUUAUUGGGGAAUCAGCUCCCCUGCUUCCUGCUGCUGCUGCUGCUGCUGCUGCGUCCUCCGUCACAGGGGUGGGUAAGACAGACCCGGGGGUCGGGGAGCUGCGUGAGGAGACCCCCGACAAGAGGAAUGGGGAGGAGGAAGAGGAUGAGAUCGCUGCCACGGGCCAGCGGGGCAAGAGAAAGGGGAGGAAGAAGAGGAGGAAAGAGAAGCAAAAGCAACAGAAGUCAUCGCAGGCUGAGGAGGAAGAGGAAGAAAUAGACGUCGAGGAUUUAGAACCAGGUCAGGUGAUGAACUCGGAAGAGGAAGAGGAUGGGGAGGAGAGGAGGAAGAGCAAGAGGCUGAUCCAGCUGCAGGCGGCAGACGGAGGCCCCAGACAGCAGCAGAAGAGGACAGCGCCCCCUGCUGGCCCGCCACAUUACGAGCAGCGCAGUGAAUUUGAGCAGAUGACCAUUCUCUACGAUAUCUGGAACUGCGGGCUGGACGUGGAGGACAUGCGGCUGCUCAAACUGACCUACGAGAGGCUGCUGCACGAAGACCACAGCACCGACUGGCUCAACGACACCCACUGGGUCCAUCACACCAUCACCAAUAUCCCGAACCCUCGGAAAAGGAAGAAAUCCCAGGAUAAGCAGCUGAGGGAGCACAAGUCUGGAUGUGCCAGGGGCGAGGGUUACUACUCAAUCAGCAAAAAAGAGAAGGACAUCUAUCUGGAUGUGUAUCCUGUGACCACCAGAGAGCUGGAGUACGACUCCCAGGGUACGAAUCGCGUGCUGUCGGAGCGCAGGUCUGAGCAGAGGAGGCUACUGAGCGCCAUCGGCACCCAGGCGGUCAUGGACAGUGACCUGCUCAAGCUCAACCAACUCAAGUUCCGUAAGAAGAAGCUUCGCUUUGGCAGGAGCCGGAUCCACGAGUGGGGUCUCUUUGCCAUGGAACCCAUCGCUGCUGACGAAAUGGUCAUCGAAUAUGUGGGCCAGAACAUCCGACAGGUGGUGGCAGAUAUGAGGGAGAAGCGCUAUGCCCAAGAGGGGAUAGGGAGCAGCUAUCUGUUCAGAGUGGACCACGAUACCAUCAUCGAUGCCACCAAAUGUGGCAACCUCGCCCGCUUCAUCAACCACUGCUGCACGCCAAACUGCUACGCCAAAGUGAUCACGCUGGAGUCCCAGAAGAAGAUCGUGAUCUACUCCAAGCAGGCAAUCGGCAUGAACGAGGAGAUCACCUACGAUUACAAAUUCCCCAUCGAGGAGAACAAAAUCCCCUGUCUGUGCGGGACGGAGAACUGCAGGGGAACGCUGAACUGAAAAAACAAAACACACCCCAAAACCAUCCUCCCGCUGCCUUCCGCGCACGCUAGAUUGAUCCACGCCUAUCCCCUUCUUCCUCCUUGUUUUCUUUUUUGUAAAUUGAAAUUUUAGUUUUUUUUUAAAAAUGCCACUAAAUUAACACGCUGCUUCUUAACUUUCUUAAUUUUGUCUUUUUUUUUUUUUACUUUUUCAAUCAAAUGUCUAUCAACGCCCUGCCAAUGCUGUUUUCAUUUCAAUGAUUUAAAAUAAUUACAUCAUCAUAAUAAUAAUAAUAAUAAUAAUAAUAAUAAUAAUAAUAAUUUAUUUUAGUGACUCCCGUUGCACAGCAGUGUGAUCCAGUCCUGGUUUCACUAGGAGUUUAAUAAUAAGACACACCUUAGCUUGUUAGCUAGACACGCUGGGGGCUGAUCAAGCUGGUAGUAAAACCUGGAAUGGAUCACACUGCUGCGGAACAGGAGUCUGAUUCCUAUCCCAGUUAAGUAGGCUGGCUGGGUGACGCUUCUGUAAAAAUGCCAGCGCCCCGGAUAAGAGGAAAAUUAGCUUCCGAUCAGCUUUUAAAACAGUUUAAUAGAUAAAUAAUUGUAAAGGUGAGGGAAGGACGUUUUUUUUCUGUGCCUUAUUUCCAUCCCUGCUAAAGCACGCACUUUGAAAGUCACCAGGCAGUUUUUUUUUUUUUUUAAUUUUUAUUAGCCGUUUCAUUUACUUCCGUCAUAUUUUUUUCAUCCGGUCUUUAAAAUAUAUAUUUUUUUAAAACUGUUAUCCGUUAAGAUUUUGGGGUAGGGCGCUAGAGUUUCACAGGGAUUUGAUUUUCAAAUAACAGAAUUGCAUCUCAAUAUUUAAUUUGUUAAAAGACUCCUAGGUGUAUUAUUAUUAUUAUUAUUAUUAUUAUUAUUAUUAUUAUUAUUAUUAUUAUUAUUAUAAAUUUAAAAAAAAAAUAAUAAUUGUGGCAGAAUUAUUUAUUUUUUUCAACAGCACAGUAUUGUUGAUCCUUUUUGUUUUAAAACUGUCUCUCUCCGUUUCGUCUGUGCUGCUCACUGAAGGCAUUUGGAUUUGAUCUGCACUUAAAUGUGUUAAUUUGCGUAAGACAGCCCCCCCCCUUCUCCCCCACUCUGUCUCUUUUGAUUUCGAGUUGAUAAAAAAAAGACGUUCUGAUACAGAGCGACUCAAAUAUUCAGUUUUCAUAGCCACUAUUACAGAAAUCUGUUUCUACUGAAAUAUUUGCCAUAGUCCGCUAUUUAGGCUUCAUUACCCUAGUUUUAAAUAUCUACACUUUGCAAAUAUGUUUUUCUUUUGUUGCAAGUGUGGAUUGUGAAAUCUCAGGGCUGGUAAUCAGACUCCUGUUCCACAGCAGUGUGAUCCAGUCCAGGUUUUACUACCAGCUUGAUCAGCCCCCAGUGUGUCUAGCUAACAAGCUCAGGUGUGUCUGAUUAUUAAACUCCUAGUGAAACCAGGGACUGGAUCACAGUGCUGUGCAGCGGGAGUCUCGUUUUCAGCCCUGGUGUGAUAGUAUGCAACUGAAGAGAGCUCUGACCACCACCGUGUGCUUUGAGAAGUUUGUGAGCUGGGGGGUGUAAUGUAAAGUCUGUUGUUGCCACCAUUUCAUUUCUGGUUUUUGUUUUAAAAUAUGUUUUAAUAGUAUUUGUAAUUUUUUUUUUUAACCUUGUUGAAAUGAAAUCCUAUUUUCCUCAUGUUAUUAACUUAUAUAUAUAUAUAUAUAUAUAUAUAUAUAUAUAUAUAUAAUGGUACGUAUUCAGUUAUGAUAGUUUGGACUAGUGAUGUUCUAUCUUAGUGUGGUAAAUUCUUUCAAAUGCAUUAACAGCAUCACAGCCUAAACGGAUUAGAGAGACCAGCUUGCUGUUCAAGGACUUUAUAGCAAAUUGCAUUUCUGCAAUAUUUUACAUUUAAAAAACGGCUUUUUGCAGAAUACGACUAAAAAAAAAUAUAUAUAUAUAAAUAUAUAUAUAUAUAUAUAUAACAUCUGUUUAGCCUGAUCUGAGCUGAAAUGACAGUAGAAUUAUACGAGACAGGCAGGCGCAGACAGACAGACGCAGGCAGAGAGACAGACAGACAGACGCAGGCAGGCACAGACAGACGCAGGCAGGCACAGACACACAGACAGACAGACGCAGGCAGGCACAGACACACAGACAGACAGACGCAGGCAGGCACAGACACACAGACAGACAGACGCAGGCAGGCACAGACACACAGACAGACAGACGCAGGCAGGCACAGACAGAC